AUGCCACGCCAGCCUACAUUUCAAAGCAGUAUCACCAAAUUUUCAGCCAAACCUCCAGGCCACGACGCGGCGCGCCAGCGAGAGAACCAGCGACGUCAUCGUGCCAGAGUCAAAGGGCGUAUAUGUGAUUUGGAGGCCACAUUGGCCAGUACCCAAAGCAAACUAGACGAUGCGCUGAAGCAGAUCGAGGAGCUCCAUGCCGAAAUCUCCCGACUACGUGCUCUCCAGCCUCCCACCCUCCAAGCCAACGAAACGUCAAGCUUGAUCACCUGUCACGCUGGCGUCGAUUCAUCAGACAUCCAAGAGAGCCUUAAUGAUAUCGACGAUGUCCCAGAGCCGAUGCCGGACAGUCCUAUGCCGGCGUCACCCCAAUCUACCGCCGCCAUUGAAGACUCGAAUAACGAUGGCCCUCUUCUUCCCCCAACACAUCCUGAUGAAUCAACCAUUACCUGUCGUGACGCCUAUGCUAUAAUAAUGGACCGGAACACAUCAGACUUAGACUCGGAGACGAUGAACCAAUGGCUUAAACCCGGAUUUCGGCGAGCUGCAGUCCCUGGAUCUGGCUGUCGGAUCGAAACACAUCCUGCAAUUGGCCAACGAGCAGAAGCACCUGGGGUGGGGCUCAACAUCAACCUUCAGAAUUUACCUCGCGUGAUCUUCCCGGUUGCACCGCAUACAACAACUACCAGAAUGACACACUUCAACCAUCUAGGUCACAUCUCUAUCGGGGUGCGUGACUACGUUGUCUCCCGGGCCUUUUACACGGCGGUUCUGGCGCCUCUCGGCCUCCGACUCGUGUACGACAGCGGACCUGUUUCCGACCCAUCCACCGGCAAAGUCCGAACACUUGGGUACGGCCCGGACGAAGAGCAUGAGCUUCUUAACAUCUUCGAGCACCAGGACGCCGCCACCCCGGGACCGGGGUUCCACAUCGCCUUCAAUGCGCCGACCAGACAAGCUGUCGUCGAUUUUCAUGCGAAAGCAAUCGAGUUUGGGGGCACUGACAAUGGGACACCUGGAGUGAGGGAGCACUAUGGGAGGAAUUAUUUCGCUGCCUUUGUCGUUGAUCCAGAUGGUUGGAGGCUGGAAGCCGUUUGCAAGGUUCCCCUUGAGCAAGAAGAGCCUUCUGAGACAAGACGUUAG